AUGUCUCCUACCAGUUUCGCCGCUGCUCAAGAGCGAAUCUUAGCCCAACAAGCCGCCAGACAGCAAGAAGCGCGAUCCCUCCAUCAGCAAUCACUUAUCACAGCACCAGGACGUACACCCUUGACGCGUCUCACACACUCAUUACGUCCGGAGUUCUCCUCCUGGUGGACCACCUUACUCGAUUCCGAAGGCACAAGACCUGCAUUUCGUGUAGGCCAGGUGGAUGCUGAACUACUUGAUGAAGAGUUGCUCGGAUUGUUCAAGACACAAGUCGGAGAUGCGGUAAAAUAUUUGGGGCCUCAUCUACAGGAUGAUUGGUCUCAAGAGAUAUUACUCGGACUUCGUUCCGUCCUGUUUAAGCUGUCGAUAUGGGACAACGAUGCAUCUUAUGGUGCAUCUUUGCAGAAUCUACGAUAUGCCGAUGCUCGUCAGAAUGGACCCGGGUUGCCCAAACCCACAAAAUGGCAAAAGUCGCUUUAUGGCUUCAUCACCAUAUUUGGUCGCUAUGGAUGGGACAAGUGGGAAGACUGGCUGAUAGAUCAAGAACGUGGUUACACGGCUCCUUCGGACACCGUUCAGCAUCUUAUGCGAUUGACCUCUUUCUUCUCCACCACUCAUUCGAUUGCCGCUUUCAUUUCCUUCCUCAUUUUCUUGGUCAAUGGUCGCUACAAAACUCUCACAGACCGUCUUCUCCGACUGAGACUUGUCUCACCAUCGAAUCAGGUCAGCCGCGAGGUAUCUUUUGAAUACCUGAAUCGCCAGUUAGUCUGGCAUGCCUUUACUGAAUUUCUGCUAUUUCUCCUUCCGCUGGUUGGGAUCAGCAGGUGGAGACGAUGGCUGUCGAGGGCAUGGAAGCGGACCAAGGCAGCAAUGAGGUCAGAAGCCACCGAUGAUGAUGAUAAUAUUGUCAAGAGUGGUCCACUUUCCUUUCUACCAGAAAGGACAUGUGCCAUAUGCUAUCAGGAGCAGAACCCCACAUCGACGUCGGAAGCAGAAAUACUCGGCGCAAAUGCUGGAGCAGGUGGCGGUGUUAUAGGUUCAGCUACGACAGAUGUUGUCAAUCCUUACGAGACAAUUCCGUGUAAAUGUAUCUAUUGCUUUACCUGCAUUGCCACCAAGAUCGAAGCUGAAGAAGGUGGAGGGUGGUCAUGCUUGAGGUGUGGGCAAAUCAUCUACAAGUGCCGUCCCUGGGAUGGCGAUAUCCUGGCUGAGAAGAAGUCUAGCACCAAGCCAGGAAAGUCCGUUGGCUUUUCUGUGGCAAGUGAAGAGGUUCCUAAAGCGCAGGAUCAGUUCACACCGGACGAGACACUCGACUCAACGGAUUCUAUGCUCACCUCCAGUCAAUGGUCAAUGGCAGAGGAUAACACGAGUGAAACCUCGGAAGGUUGA